AUGGCGUAUGAUCUGGCCGAGGGGGAGCUGUUGGUGAGUUACGAGGCUCCUGAAGAUCAGCAGGAUGUGUUUUCCAGCAGAGCCUGCCCGGCGUUCCUGGUGUUCAGGAACGCUGCGUACCUGGCGGGAGCCACCGUGGAGCUGCCCUGCCUCUGCAAACCCCCACAGGUCCAGUCAGUCGUGUGGUUCUUUAGGAAACACCAGGGCAGCUCGGAGGAGACCAGAGCCCUGACGGAUCACCAUGGAAACAAGCUGUUGGAUACGAGUCAGGUCCCGUCCAGCAGCGACCUGCAGAGCCGGUUCUCCAUCCGGCUGUUCAGCCUGCUGAUCUUCAGGGCCGGGCCCCGAGACUCCGGCCUCUACAUCUGCGGAUCAACACACAAAGACUUCUUCUUCGGAUACGACCUGGACAUCCAGGAAUCUCACGGCUUCAGUUUCAUUCCCAGAUUUCCUCCAGAAAGUAUGAAAGAGAAAAGGCGAGCUGAAAAGGGAACUGUCCUUUCUCAGGUCCUGUACCGGCCCUUCACCAGCUUCCAGCCCUGGUCCGUGUGCGACCGCUGUGGGGUUCCCGGGGAGCAGGUCCGUGUGGGCCUCUGCUACGUCCACUCCCAGUUCCUGCACGUGCGCUACCGACGGACCAAUCAGACCGUUGCUUCCUGCGGUUCAGGGGCCGUCCCCAGGGACCUGGGCAGGAUUGGACCUACGAUGGAGGUCAGAAGCUGCCAAACGGCUUGUCCAACUGAAACACCUCCCUCCUCUAAACUGCUGACGUUCAUGGCCUUUCUCGGGUACAGUUCUGACUCCAGAACCUUGAAGGUGCCAGUGUUCCAUGUGAACCACCCAGCGCGGCGUGUCCUCACCCUGGGGUGCCCCGGUGCUCGUCCUGACAUGGCUGUGGCCUGGGAUCAGGGAUCUAAACCAAUCUACCGGUCUGAGCUCUCAGCAGGGGGAAACAUCAGCACUACGCCCCACAGGGUACAGAUAGAUGCUGGACAUCACUUGGUGUUUCAACCGGCACAAAUCCACGACUCAGGAGUUUACACCUGCUGGCUCCAGGGCCGGCGUUCCUCUGAGAUCCAUCUCCUGGUGUAUCUGCAUCUGGGCCGCGGCCGCUCAGCGCUGUCUCAUCCGGAGUUUCCAGCAGCCGUCACUACAGUACUGAAGUGUUACGCUGUCAUCACUGCUCUGUUUCUACUGCUGCUGUUCUGCAGAGCUGGGCUCAAACAUUUUAGAGACACAGCAGAUACACAUGUUGAUUAA